AUGCGAAUUAGUUUUUACCCUCCCUACCUCUUCCUUCCUCACAUCCCCCUGUCUCUGGCAGUAAGCGUGUUUUAUUUAAGGCAUCUUAAUUCCCCCCUCCUCUCCUUUCCCCGGUGUUUCCUGCAGUAUGAGUGUGCACAGCACAUGAAGCGUUGUGGCUUUCCCACCCUCCCGUCCUUUCUCAUCCAGGCUGGGGUAAACGACAAGGAUGGUGAUGUGGCGCUUUCUGAUUGGUUCACCUCCAACGGACUCUCUCCAGAAUCCGGCUCUGUUGUGGUGAAGCCAGCUCGAGCGGGGUCGAGUGUCGGUGUCUCUGUGUGUUCUGGUGCGAGGGAAGCUUCCCAGAAGGCUCACGAGCUGAUAUCUGAGGGUGUGGACGAUCGGGUGGUGGUGGAGGUAUUCGCAGCAGGGGGCAAGGAAUUCACGGCCAUUGUGUUGGAGGCGGCAGCUGGGGCGGGGGGUGAAGAUGGGAGCGAUUGCACCCGCAAUGCUGUGUGCCUGAUCCCCACGCAGGUGGAGUUGACAGGCUUUGCUGCUGCUCCUGCCACGACAGCAGCAGCAGCAACUGAAGGCGCUGAGUCAGAUAGUGACAGCAGUGGGGAUAUCUUCGACUACCGACGGAAAUACCUCCCCACGCAGCAGGUUCUUUACUCCACGCCGCCGCGCUUCCCUCCUUCCAUCCUCUCCUCCCUCCGCGCCUCAGCCACGCGCCUCUUCUCCUCCCUCUCCCUCCGCGACUGUGCCCGCCUCGACGGAUGGUUCCUCCCGCCUUCCUCCCCCGCUUACACCCUCGUGCUGGCUGGGCUAAGAGCUAGUGGCAACAGAGGGCAGGAGGAGUGGGAGGAGUCGGAGGAGAAGUAUAAAGAGGGAAUAGUGGUGUUUUCGGAUGUGAAUAUUGUGAGCGGCAUGGAGCAAACGUCUUUUCUCUUCCAGCAGGCUGCGUUGGUGGGCCUGUCUCAUUCACUCAUCCUACGCUGGAUCCUCGCAUCUGCCUGCUCCAGAUACGGCCUUCCCCUCCCUCUCCACCCCCCUCCGGCUUCUCCUAGCGUCGGGGGUGUGGGAGAGGGGGGAGGUGGAGGGGAGGCAGGUGAAACAGGAGGGAGGCGGCAGCUGGUGUGGGUGCUAUUUGGGGGCAGCACAGCAGAGCGCCAGGUGUCUCUGAUCAGCGGAACCAACGUGUGGCUGAAGCUCAGGGCGUGCCCGCAGGUGGGUGUGUUACUCUCUCUUUGUGCGUGUGUGUCUGUGGUCCGUAGCUCAUAG